CACGAUCUAAUAUGUCAUCAGAAAGUGAAGAUAAUACUUAUGAAUGGUCUGAGUUCGACCUAAAUCCUGUACUAUUCGAGUCACUCGAGAAAGCAGGCUUUGAGAACCCUACCGAGGUACAGGCUCAGAGUUUGAAGCAUGUUAAGUUCCACUCUGAUUUAAUUAUCUCUGCAAGAACAGGUGAGGGUAAAACUCUGUGUUUCUUGCUUCCAAUACUCAAUAACUUAAUUGAUAAGUUUCAAAAGCAGUUGGAGAAGAAUGGUCUGACUCUUGAUAGUGAUGUCUCUAAGGUUAAAGAUAUUCAGAAAGAGAUUUUUAAUGAAACUAGAGCGUUAAUUCUUACUCCUACUCGUGAAUUGGCAAUUCAGAUAAAAGAACAUUUGCAUAAAAUUAUUCCUGAUGAUUACAAGAAGUUCCUAACUUCAUGUGAACUCAUUGGAGGAAUGAGUCUGCAGAAGCAGGAAAGAAAACUUGGGUACAGACCAACAAUCCUCAUUGGAACUCCAGGAAGAGUCUGGGAGCUUAUUGAUGACUCCAACAAUGAGUACUUGACUUCAAGCUUACCAAAGAACUUAGAAGUCCUAGUCCUUGACGAGGCAGACAGAAUGGUUGAAAUCGGUCAUUUCAAGGAAAUGAACUUUAUCCUCGACUUCAUCUACAUUAAGAGAGAAGAACUUGAACUGAGAAAGAACGAGACUGAGGAGGAGAAAGAGGCCAAGCAAACUGUGAUGAAGAGCUCAGACAUCCUAAAUAUCAAAUCAAAGUUCAAGAUGGGCAAAAAUCUUGAGACUUCUCAGAACAGUGCUGAAAUCCAGGCUAUGAUAGACCAAGCAGAGGACCUUGGAGAAGAGCUCGGAGAAUUUGAUGAGGAGGAACUAGUGAUUGAUGAUGAACAACUCAAUAACAUUGAAGAGGAAAUGACCAAUGGUAAAAAGAAAAAGAAGAGCAAUCAUAAGGAAAUGAGAGUUGGUAAGAAAGAGAAGAAGGGUGCUAAAUCAGAAAAAUUUGUACAGAAAAGUCAGGGAAUCCAGACCAUAGUUUGCUCAGCUACUUUAACUCUUGACGCUAAAGGAAGGAUCAGACCUACCAAGAAAGGCAAGAAAAACAAAAGAUUAGAAGACUUUGAUGCUUUGGAAGAAAUUUGCAAGAAGCUGAGGUUUAAACAGAAAAAGCCAAAAGUGAUUAACCUCACUAAUGAGACAAAGAUGCCAUCAAGACUUGUUGAAAAGUAUCACAGAUGUACUAAUGAUGACAAGGACUUGUACACUUACUAUUUCUUACAGAAUCAUAUGGGUGAGAGUACUAUCAUCUUUGUAAACUCUAUUACAUGCAUUAAGAGGUUGAGCAGCAUGAUGAAUAUUUUACAGAUAACUCAUAGAUGCCUACAUAGUAAAAUGCAGCAGAGAGCAAGACUCAAGCAUUUAGAUAGGUUCAAGAGAGAUGUUGAGCAACUUAAAGUAUAUGAAGAAGAGCAAAAGAAAGAUAAAACUGCAGUCCUAGUAUGCACAGAUGUAGCAGCAAGAGGACUAGAUAUUCCAAAUGUUGAUAACGUUAUUCAUUAUCAAAUGCCUAUGAAUGCCGAGGUUUAUGUGCACAGAAGUGGAAGAACUGCCAGAAUGGGUAGUAAAGGUCUUACCUUCUCCUUAUUCGCUCCAGAGGAUGAGAAGAAGUUCAAACUUAUUUACACUGUUUUAAAGGGUAAAGAAUCACUCGUCAACUUUGACAAGUACAUCACUCCUCUGAAGAUCAAUUUGGUUGAGCUGGAAAGAUACAAAGAAUUUGUAAACACUGCCAAAGACUUAGAAAAAGCUAUGUUUGACAAAAAGAAGAACAGCAUCAGAGCUAACUGGCUUCUUAAAGUAUCUGAGGAGACAGGCAUCCCAAUCACUGAUGAUCUUAAGAAAGAAGUGGCUGGGCUAGCUGAAAUGGAAAACCUGAAAACAAGAAGAGAACAGAAGCUUGAAGAAGAGCAAAACAUAAAGAAAAAGAGGGUGAAAAAGGAAGAGGAUAAAAAGAUUGGCGUUCUCAAGAAGAAUUUCCAUAACAUGAAGCAGUACAAAAACUUAGCUCAUGUCUCUUCUAAGUCUUCCUUCUUGAACCCGACAAAUGUGAAAUAUCUGAAUGAAGCAUUGUUUGGAAAUGGAAAACUGAAUAAUCAUCUGCUGAACAAAACAAUUCUGAAAAUAAGAAAAAGGCAAAGAAAGGGAAGAAGAGGCAGGUCAAAAGGAGAGAUGGAAAGAGGAAGAGGACACUUGCCCAAAAAUAAUAAAUAUUUCAAUAUUUCAUCAUGAUAA